UAAAAUUAGCCUCUCUCUCCAUUGGUCAGAAGCUCCUCAAGCCUUUUUAUGGGUUCAGUGUGCCAACAGGGAGUUUCCUUCAGCAGAGGAAGCAUGCUCGUGAGAGAGAGAGAGACAGACAGAGGGACAGAGACACCACACCAAGGGACCAGCCUCCAUGUCUAUGUCCCAGAUCACCCCGACUCUUUUCCUGAGUGGUGCUGAUGCUCCGCUGAACCAGGCCCUGGUGACCCGUAAAGGCAUCACCCUCAUCGUUAACGCCACCCUUUUACACACUUGUCCCAGGUACCCGGGCGUGGAGUGCAUCCGCGUGGCCGUUUCUGACCUGCCCAGCGCUCGGCUAAGCGAACACUUUGACAGGGUGUCUACCCGUAUCCAUAACAACCGGGCUGGUGGGACUUUGGUCCACUGCGCUGCCGGCAUGAGCCGCUCGCCCGCUUUGAUAAUGGCCUACCUCAUGAAAUAUAAAGGAGUGACCCUCCAGCAGGCGCACAGCUGGGUCCAGAGGAGCCGACCCUACAUCCGUCUCAAUGCAGGCUUCUGGGACCAGCUUCUGGACUAUGAGCGGAAACUGUAUGGAAAGAAUACUGUAAAAGUGGCUGUUCCACUGGAGCCACUGCCACAGCCCAAAACACCUAAACUGACCCCCAGAUUCAGCCUGAGAGAAUGUCCCCCAUCUCCGUGGCUGGGCCGGGCUAGACGGUUCACGUUCCCAAAAAUAAUUUGAUAAUUAAAAACACUCUCUCUGUUAUCUCUGGUUGUGUUAAAGGGAUGGUCUGGCAAAAAAACCAAAUUUGCAUUAUUUGUCUCUUACCUCAGAGGCCAUAGAUCAGCCGAGACAUAUUUGGUGGUUAGACAGCACAGGUGGUGGACUCCGCCUCCCUUUCCUGACCUCUGGGGUAAAAAGAAAAUUGUGUACUUUUUUGCCAAAUUAGACCUUUAACUGUGACGAUUGUUUUUGCUGAACACACACUUCUAAUAGAAACCACUGGGCUGAUGAUUAAGCGAGUGUCCACUGACUUCUAUAAAACAACUGCCCAUUGAUUUAUAUUAUAAAUCAACUUCCCAUUGAUGUCUAUUAUAAAUCAGCUGCCCACUGGCUUCUAUUAUAAAGAUACUGACUAUUGACUUCUACUUUUAAUCAGUUGCUCACUGACCUCUAUUAUAAAUCAUCUGCCCAUUGGUUUAUAUUAUAAAUCUACUUUCCAUUGAUGUCUAUUAUUAAUCAGCUGCCCA